AGACUCGACUCGAAGGAUGCUUGAGAUUUAUUAUCGCUUUGACUCGCUGUGAUGCGCUUCCUGUGUCUGAAACUCAGAUUCCUGGAGGAAGAAACCCAGAAUAUAUUCUCCAGGAUGAGGAAGGGGGAAAAAAAAGAAGUUAAGUCAAGGGUUGUGUUUGACACCCAGAAAUAAAUUACACUUUUAAAAGAAAUGGCUCUUCUUUUGGCCUUGUUAUGUCUCACAAGUGUUGUAUUAGGAAAACAGAAGAUAAAUUCAGAAAACAUCACACGGAUUCUGGACGGACUUCUCGAGGGUUAUGACAAUCGCCUGCGUCCGGGAUCUGGAGUCUCUGUAACUGAGGUCAAAACAGACAUAUUUGUUACAAGUUUUGGACCAGUGUCUGAUGUUAAGAUGGAGUUCACUAUGGAUAUGUUUUUCCGCCAAAUGUGGGUUGACGAGAGGUUAGCCUUUCAGGGGCCCGUCGAAAUCCUGCCUUUGAACAACCGCAUGGUGGACAAGAUCUGGACGCCCGACACGUUUUUCCGCAAUGCAAGGAAGUCCCUCGCACACAACAUGACGUCUCCUAACAAGCUGUUUCGGAUCAUGCAAAACGGGACGGUGUUUUACACCAUGAGGCUGACUGUGAGUGCGGUGUGUCCAAUGGUGUUGAUGGACUUUCCGAUGGAUGGACACACAUGUCCUCUCCUGUUUGGAAGCUAUGCGUACACUAAUCGUGAAAUCGUCUACACGUGGAGGAAGGGUCUUCAAGCAUCCGUCGAUUUUCCUCCAGAAUCAUCAAGCUUACUUCAGUAUGAUCUCGUGGGCCAGACUCUGUUCAGCGAGACAUAUAAAUUCAGCACAGGUCUGUAUUCGGUGCAGGUUGUCCACUUCUAUCUUCAGAGGAAGCUCGGCUACCAUCUCAUCCAGACGUACAUCCCGUUGAUUAUGGUGGUUGUGCUGUCACAAGUGGCAUUCUGGAUCAACAAGGAGUCUGUCCCGGCUCGGACGGUGGCUGGAAUCACCACUGUGCUCACCAUGACCACUCUGAGCAUCAGCGCACGCUCCUCGCUGCCCAAAGUCUCCUACGCCACCGCCAUGGACUGGUUCAUCGCCGUCUGCUUCGCCUUCGUGGCUUCGGCCCUCGUGGAGUUCGCCGCGGUCAACUACUUUGCCACGCUCGAGGCCAAUAGGGAAAACCGCCGGCUCUCCAGGGCCUCCGUUCUGGAGUCCACAGCCCAGAGCAGCGACGACGAGCCGGAGACGCCUCAGUCUGAAACCAGUGGUUUUAGCCGCAGAAGACGAGGGAACUCUGUGUCCGAGGCGCCCAGGAAUCGCUAUCCCAUCUUCCUUCAGGGCUCGGCCGUCCCUCCCAACAUGAUGCUGGCAGGCACCAGUGCCAUAGACAAAUACGCCCGAAUCCUCUUCCCCCUGGCCUUCGGGAUCUUCAACCUCAUCUACUGGUUCAUCUACCUCAGCAAGGACACCAUGGAGAAGCCCAGGGAGCUCGAGUGAGUUUCUCCUGAGAAGACAAGGCCUUGUCCUCAACUUUCCUCUGGACCUCUGUCUCUCACUUUCGUCAUCUAGCAGCUUCACCCCUGACGGAGCGCGAGGCUGUCUGACACUAUCUGACAAGCAUGUGAUCCUGUCCCUGUCCUGUGUUAUCACCUUACAGACUUUACACUCCAUUUGCCUUUAUAUUCACAGCCGAAGCCACGCUGUUAUACUGACCCUGACACACGGCAGAGCCUCCUCUGCUCCUGCUCUUCUGCAUCUGAGUGUGUGUGUGUGUGUGAGAGAGUGUGUGUGUUUGU